GUUUUGCUGCUCUGUCGCUCUGGUUUUACGCUUCCGCUGCUCCAUGUGUCUGUUUUCAUACAGUCUAUGGUCUUCAUUUACAGUGAGAUACAGCAAUGGCUACUAAACGUCAAAAUGGGGAUCCUCUUGAGUCCGCUACAACAGCUAAGAAAACCAAAACAGACGAAAGCGAGUUCACUGGCACGGUCUUUAAAUCCAUGCUAAAGGAUUCAACUAAAGCGCUAAAGGGGUUGGAGACCUUCGUAAGGUUCGCGAAGAAACUUCCACGCGCUGAAAUCUAUGAUGCAGUCGAAGGCUACAUAAAAAUCUCAGUUGAAUGUUCAGAAAUUUUCGCUUUACUGGAGGAAGAAAAUAAUUCUGAGUCUGAAAUGAUGCUGAUAUUUCAGAGUCUAGAAAUGAUUUUGCUGCGGACGGCCAGUGAUCUGUCUCAGUUGAGCAUGGUGGGCUCCAACAUAGUUAGGAAGACCGUCUCCACUCACAUGAAACUUCUACUGUCCUCUCUACAUUCGGAGAAUCACAGGUUUGUCCGCCAGUGUCUGUGUUUCCUGUCUGCAGUGGUAUCUCAGGGUGCCGAGGCUGCGAGGGAUGUCUUCAGUCAAAUACACUUCAGUAAAGGCCUCAUCAGCCUCUCACGGAGAAGAGACAAAACUGGAAAGCCAGAUGUUAGAAUGGCUUACAUGCAGUUUGUCCUUUCGUUCCUGAUGUCUGGAGACAAUACAACUAUUGGCCAGAUACUGGAAGCUAAAGAUUUUUUGCCUGAAAUCUUGACCAGUGGACUUAAAGAAGACAGAUUAUCCAUCAAACAGAAGGAUGAAGGUGAAGGGAAGCGUAUAGUGAGGGAGCUGGUGCAUAACUUCCUGCUGGACCUCUGCUGCUCUCGCAAACAUGGUAUCAGUUUUCAUGACCCGAGCCUGGGCACCGCUGGAAGAGCAGGAAACAUUGUUCUUCUGCAGUUCCUGGUGGGGCUGAAGCAGGCUACCGAGGAUGAGAUGGUAGCGGAGCUGGUUGUUAGUGUUCUGAAGGCCAGUCCUGAUAUACUGACCAGAUACUUUAAAGAAACCAAUUUCUCAUUCAGUCCACGAAACAAAAGCACUUGGUUGGAAAACAUCACUCUACUCAAGAAAAUUUAUGAGGCUCAGCCGGAGGUGUCCAAGGCUUUCCAGAUGAGUGAAAUGAUUCCUUUACCUCGUCUGCUGUCUAUGGUGUUGGUCACGUCUCUUCCUUCAGUGUGCAAUAAAGCCUUCUUCACUCAAGGUCUCAAUCUACCCAACUUGGUGGUCCAGCACACAACAAUUUCCCUCCUGGCAUUUAUUCUCAAGCGAGCCCAGAAAAACAUUGAACACUGUCUGGACAAAACAGUCUGGGAGAGUUCAGACAUUUACAGCCCUGCCGUGAUGGAGGAGUUUGUGCAGCUUUACAGAGAGGCACUGAGCAAGAUUCUACCGGACAUGGUGUCCGUUGUUUCCAACUGGCAGUCGCUCUCAAAGGAGAAGGAAGAUGCAGUAAAGACGAUAGGCACAGGACAAAAACAGAGCGAAGAACACCCACGGCAGGACGAUCCACAGCUCAUCCUGGUGAAAGCUCUGCUGCUUCAGGUCAUGUGUUUGUAUCAGAGGGUGGUGCCUCACCUUGUCAGCCAGAGCAAAUUCGACUUUAGCAAACUCCUAAAAGGCAUUGUGACAGAGAGUGGAAUAAAACAGGAAGUUCCUCCAGUUCUACAGUAUCAAAUUCUACAACUGGCUUUGGAACUUCCUGCAAGCAAAUUCUCCUGGUUUCGUGUUCAGGAUCUACCAGAUCCAGAUCCUGAAAAAGGAGAGAAAUCAGUCUUCUAUUUGCUACUUAAAAUGUUUGUAAGUAGUAACAGUAACUACUUGAAGACUUCAACCAGGAUGCUGGUCCUAAAAGUGUUGCGGGACAGCGGUGUAUUUGAGCACACGUGGAAGGAGCUGGAGUUAUGGUUGGACCAUCUGGCGCUUUUGGACCCAUCCCAGCAGGAGACCGUUAUUCAGUUUUUAGACCAUGUUUUGAUGAGAGUGGUGUGUAACCCACUCGUGUACACUGAGAAAGCAGCGAGUAUGGUUCAGGAGGCAGCGUAUCUACAGGCUAACCUGAGCGGCCAGGAGGGAGAUGAAGCCAGCAUCCCCAUAUCACACAUCGACGAUGUGCUCGACAUGGUUGAUGUUAUAGUGGAGGGCAGCGAAGGGGAUGUUGAGGAGAUCGGACCUUCCCUCACUGAUGAGAUCAUCCUCCAGACGUUCCCGUUUAGUGCCAUUGUACCAGCUGUGCUAGAGGUUCGCAACAAACUGCCGGAGAGUUUUAAAGAUGGGAAAGGUGUGGUGUUUGAGUACAUGGCUGCAGUCCUGUGUGAUGUUCUGCACUGUCAGAGGGACCCGCUGGCUCUGUGUCUGACUCUCCAGCACUACGAUAAAAAUCUGAACAUGUCACACGCCUCAUGCCCUCCUCACGUCAUCGCCUUCUACCACUACUACUCUCAGUGGCUCCCCAAACAAACAAAGAAGACCCGGCUCCCCAUAGAGACGGCAGCAGAGGUGUUGGGCAGUCUGAUGACCGUGCUGAACUCUCUCAUCCUGAAGCUGUUGAGCUCAGAAACACAACAGCCGACUCGACCUGAACAGCAGGAUGAAGCAGACCUCUUUCUCGAUACCAACCACGUACCUGUUCAGAACACCGAACAGGUCCUGCUGGCUGUCCUCGGAUCAGUGUUUAAACACCCAGUAGUGGAGCAGUGGUUUCUGGCUCUGGAGUUGAGCUCUUUCCCUCCUCACUCCCUGAAUCCAGUGCGGCUGAAGCAGCUGUGUGCUUGUCUAAGCUGUCCCAAAAAGGAAUCCCUCUCUGUCCGAGCGCUCCUGGCUCUGCAUGAUUACACUGACCCAUCAAGCUUGAAGGAGGUGGUGUCCACCCUGCUGUUGCUCCCUCAGAAGUAUCUUGUGGCCCCUGAGAAGCAGCUGAGCGUGUACGGUCAUGCAGUGCUGAAGCUGCUCUUAAACAGCAUGAGACGCUUCUCUGAAGACCGCAGCAGCUGCAUUGCUCUGUCUCAGGCCCACCUGCAAGGUCUGGCUGCUCUCCUCACAUCCAGCCAGUGCGUGCAGCUUGAGGACUUCCUGCUACAGGUGCUCUCCCAGGAGCCAGGCACUGCCAAACUCAUUCAGACAGACGUUCUCUUGCACUGCAUCCAGAGAGAAAGUCCUUCAGCUCAGGCUUUGGGGGUUCUUCUUCUGGAGAACUGCUCCACACAUGUCCUCAGCUUUGAGCUCUGGUGCCUGGAAGCAUCUAACCUAACACAGAUCAGCUCCCAAAACAGCAGCUUCCUGUUUUUACUCAAUGCCUACUUGAGGAGAGCCACCAUUGAUGAUCCCACCCGCCCUAAAGACAUUCAAAAGUCAGUGCUGAAGGCCCUGAAGAAAGCUUUACUCUCUGAGCUGUGGCAUACAGUGCAGCAAGGAGAAGUUGGGGUUGCGACCGGUCUGCACGUGGAGGUUGUGUCCGGUCUCAUCCGACUGGCUGCUGUGACCUCCGACCUCACACCACUUAUGAAUGAUCUACCUGCCAUCCUUCAGAAAACUGACAGUAAUGAAAGGUGGAAGCUGGCUACCUCCAUCAGCGAAAAGCUGUCAGAUUCAGAGGAACUGUGUCAGUGGAGGAAAUCUCUGCUUUCAGCUGCUCUCCUCUGGCUUUCUGCUGUUUAUAAAGAUCAGAAAGACCCACAAUCCCAUCAUGAAGAGACCAUGCUGACAAGACUCAAGUCACUCCUGAUCUUUCCAGAAAAUAUCACUGCAUCAGACUGGAACACCUUUGUUAAGUCUGGGCUGAAGUAUCGAUACCGUGAUCCUAACUUUUUGGGCACCUUAACCACACUGGUGGAGGUCAUAUAUGGAACACCAGAGACCCCUAAAGAGCUGUUGCCCAUGGCUACCGUCCACAUGAUGACCACCAGUCACUCUCUGUUCUUACCCACAAUGCUUUCCACAGAGGACGAUCCCGACAGUCUUCAUCUGUCUAAAGAGUCAUUGGUGUCUCUCCUGCUUAUGCUGGUGAAGAAAUGUCCUGAAGUUUGUAACAUUAAUCACUUCCUCGUGCUUCUUGGUGCAUAUGGAGCUUCGCUGAGCACAACAGAUCAGAAGAUUUUACUCCUGCUCCAGGGAUAUGAGAAGAACAACAUUAGUCUUACAGAGUUUCAGUAUGUGCUCUGGGGCCCUGCCGCGGUAGAGCACCAUAAAGCCCGGAAGAGCCUGGGACAUUCACUGUGGCAGAAGCCCAGCUCAGAGCAGCUGCUGUCACUGCUCACUGCAGACAGGAUGCUGAACACCGUCACACACUUCCCACAGCAGCGAUACAUCAUCCCUCAGGAGAGUAGAAACGUGUUCUACACACAGCAAGGCAAGCAUUUGUCAUCUCUGUAUGACCCCUGCUUCCUCCUGCCUUUGUUCAGCUUCAUCCUUCGGCCAGAGUGUGCGGUAGACUGUCAGAAGUUUGUUUCCAGUCAUGCUUUGGGCGUCACAGUGGCGUCCCUGAGCAGCUAUGACCCUAAAGUGAGGGCCGCAGCGUACCAAGUACUGGGAUCCUUUCAUCAACACCUCGAGGGCGCUCGGUUCAGAGAGAAGAGACAGGUACUGUACUUGCUUGACACUGUGAAGAACGGGAUCCCAAAGCAAAAUCUACGGAUGCCAAAUGUGCACGUGGCCUACAUAACCAAAGUUGCUCAGCAAAUCUUGAGACCUGAGGAACACAUGUACAUGGUGGUAAACAAAUUUCUUUUGGGAACUCAGUUUCUGGACCUCAAGAGAGUUCCUGACUUCUUCAAACUCUUCUACAGUUUUGAUCUGGAGCGCAAACUGGAGCGCGAGUGGGUGUUGAGCGUGUUGGAGGAAGGGGUUCGGGACAAGCACUGCUAUGAGAUCUGUGAGAAGCAAGGCAUCUAUCAGACCCUGCUGGGUUUCGCGAGCACACCGCUCUGUGACCAGGCCUCUCAGAUUCAGAUUGUGAAUGUUCUGCGGCAGACCGCUCGUGUUAAUAAAGCAGCUUACAACCUCACCAAAGAACAUGGAGUCUUAACAUGGAUAUUACAGCUAAUAGACAAGAGGUUUUUUGACAGCAAGCUGUUGAGUUCAGUAAUUGAGUUGCUUCAUGCUCUGUGGUUCACUAAUUUGGGAAAUAAAGAAAGUAAACCAGAAGCAAACAGCACUACAUCAGAGCGGCCACAGACUUCAGGCAAAUGUCUUCCUCUGCCAAUCAUCAAUGAGUUCCUGUGCACGCUGCUCGCCAUCAUCAGACACCUGGGGAGUGGUGUGAAUGCACUUCAGAUGAAGGCAUUCCUGCACACCCUCUCCUCUGUACUGUUGCAUUGUGGGACAGCUCUGAAUGCUCACAAGGAGGCCGGCUGGCUGACACUGCACCCACAGAAGCUAUUGUGCUCUGAAGUCCUCCGGCUCCUGCAGCGCUGGGCAGCACUGGCCCGCGACGCCUCACUGCUCUCUGCUCUGCAGACUCUCGUCAACAAACACAAAGUCAAAGAGCUGAUGGGCUCUGGAAGAGAGAAAGGGCAAGGAAAAUGCCACUCAGCGAAGCACGCUCAAUUUCGAAUGGAAAAACAGACAGAAACUGUCGAUGGACAAGGGGAAAAACUGGAGCAGGCUUCGCUGGACGAGUGUAAACCGCUUCUUAGAAACAUCCUCAUACACUGGGAACCCAAAGAGAAAGAGCUUUCUAGUUCCAAGCCUGAACCCUUCACCACGGACAAACCUGAGUCGAGCAAUCUAGAUGAUGCAGCUGCAUGUUUAAUUCUCAAGUGGGCCCUCAAGACAUUGACAGAGAGUCCGUAUGAUAACAGCAGCACCAUAGCCGUUUUAAAAUGGUUCAGUAGCAUCAUACUGCCACGUACAAGUGUCAUUGAUGCUAUUCUGAUGGAUGAAGGCAUAAGAAUGGACCUCCUAAGAUUAUAUCACCACACAUGUGACCACAGAGCUCAAGAGCAUGGCUCAGCAGUGGACACCCUGCAGCUGUUCUCUAGAAUCAUGCUCUGUUUGCUGGAGGCACACAGCACUUCUCUGAAUGGCAUUCACCAGACGGUGAUAAGAACCUGCUUGCUUACAAAUGCAGACGAUGGUGCCAAGAGAGAAAGCGGACUGAAAUUGCUCUCGCUGUACAUCUAUGAGCUCUGGAGUGGAGCGCGGUCACCUGACCUCCUGCUGACCCAUGCCAGACAUCUGUGCUACAGGACAGGCAUCAGAAAACCCAAACCUCACGUCCUGCGCAUGUGUGAAGACAUUCUGUCUGCGGUUGAAUCAUGACAUGCAAUACAAAAUAGGAAUAAAUAAAAGUUGAGUGGAUCUUUUUGUAGUUUUAUAGUCGUUUAAAAAAAAAAAAAAAAAAAGCACAUCUAUAGCACAUUUUUAGUAGUUCUUCACUGAUACUGACACGUCCCCUUUGAGAAUAUCAGAU